GCCAUUGUAGGAACUAGAGAGAAGUGGGUCGGGGCUUGACACGAAAUCUGAGGUUUGACUCUGAUCUGAUCUGAGCUCUCGUUUUGAGGAUGUGAGGUUACAGCUUGAGGACAGGGACUGUUUUUUUGUCUUUUGUAAACAGUUGAUGAGGACAAUCCAGGAGGCGUACAGGACCUGCACAGCCCCCCCGCUGGCCCCGUCGGCCCGGUAACUCGGUAACUCGGUGCAGAGGCAGGGCUCUUCUGCUAGCUGCCACACAGGCUAACUCCAGGUCAUCUCUGAUCGUCUCUGCUCCGGCUUCCUGAUUAUGUGAAACCGUGUCAACAACACACACACAUUCCCCAGAAAGUGCAGUCGGAGACAGCAACGAAAAAAAAGCCAAGAUGUCCAUCACCAACACACCUACCAGCAACGACGCCUGCCUGAGCAUUGUGCACAGCCUGAUGUGUCACAGGCAGGGUGGCGAGAGCGAGACGUUUGCCAAGCGGGCCAUCGAGAGCCUGGUGAAAAAGCUGAAGGAGAAAAAAGACGAGCUUGACUCCCUGAUCACGGCGAUCACCACCAACGGGGCCCAUCCCAGCAAAUGUGUGACCAUUCAGAGGACACUUGAUGGACGCCUGCAGGUGGCUGGACGUAAAGGGUUCCCUCAUGUAAUCUAUGCCCGGCUGUGGCGGUGGCCUGACCUGCAUAAGAAUGAACUGAAGCACGUCAAAUACUGCCAGUUUGCCUUCGACCUCAAGUGUGACAAUGUGUGUGUCAACCCCUAUCACUAUGAGAGAGUGGUGUCUCCUGGCAUAGACUUAUCAGGACUGACACUUACCAGUUCUGGACCCAGCUCAGGACUAAUUGUUAAAGACGAGUACGAUUUUGAUGGGCCGCAGAGUCUGCCCUCCAUCGAGGGAGGGCACUCCAUCCAGACCAUCCAGCACCCCCCAUCUGGCAGCCGCCCGGCCCCCUCUGAAUCAUUUGCGACCCCAAACCUGCUCCCACCUGCUGAGGCCUCCACCUCUGCCUCAACGUCAUCCUUCCCGGCCAUUGCUGCUGGAUCAGGCAGUGCCAGUUCGACCUGGACUAGGAACAACAGCUUCCCCCCCAACAUACCCCACCACACCAACGGUCAUCUACAGCACCACCCUCCUAUGCCACAUCCAACACACUAUUGGCCUGUGCAUAAUGAGCUCGCCUUUCAGCCUCCCAUAUCCAAUCAUCCAGCUCCUGACUACUGGUGCUCCAUUGCCUAUUUCGAGAUGGACGUUCAAGUUGGGGAGACAUUUAAGGUGCCGUCUUCUUGCCCCAUAGUGACAGUGGACGGCUAUGUCGACCCCUCAGGAGGGGACAGGUUCUGUUUGGGCCAGCUCAGCAACGUACAUCGCACUGAGGCUAUUGAGAGAGCAAGGCUUCACAUUGGAAAAGGAGUUCAACUGGAAUGUAAGGGCGAGGGAGAUGUGUGGGUGCGAUGCCUCAGUGACCACGCAGUGUUUGUUCAGAGUUACUACCUGGACAGAGAGGCAGGCCGAGCCCCUGGAGACGCUGUUCACAAAAUCUACCCCAGCGCUUACAUCAAGGUGUUUGACCUUCGUCAGUGCCACAGACAGAUGCAACAGCAGGCUGCCACGGCUCAAGCAGCAGCUGCAGCCCAAGCAGCCGCAGUGGCUGGAAAUAUACCUGGACCUGGAUCAGUAGGAGGGAUAGCUCCAGCUAUUAGUCUGUCAGCAGCAGCCGGUAUUGGGGUAGACGACCUCCGAAGGCUGUGUAUUCUCAGGAUGAGUUUUGUCAAGGGCUGGGGGCCCGACUACCCCCGCCAGAGCAUCAAGGAGACCCCCUGCUGGAUCGAGAUCCACCUGCACAGAGCUCUACAGUUACUGGAUGAGGUUCUGCACACUAUGCCUAUUGCAGACCCACAACCUCUGGACUGAGACCUUCACAGCUGCAGCAGCACACUGCAACAACAGUGGCAAUGGAAAGUCUUCCUCAGUGAACUGUUCUGCAUGGAGAAGCCAGUGAAACAGCUGUGACACUGAAGCUGUCCCACAUGAAAAAAAAAAAAAAAAAAACUUUCAGGUUUGUUUGAGGCACCGUUGUGCACUGUGGCCCCUACUUUUACUUUUUAAGCAAGAGUGACACUAAAACGAGCCAAAGCCAUAUAUUAAAGAUAUAUGUAUCUAUAUUUUUGAUAGAUGGCUUUGAUUUGUGAUGACUGGAAUGAUGACUAUAAAAAUACGUCGCAUAUAACUACAGUUAUAAAGCAUCACAACAUGCACAUAGAUGACCUGCAGAUCCCGCGAAACUGGAAUGUACACCGACUACUCAGCGCCCCCGGAGUCCAGAACCACCAACUACUGACAGACAUUAGAUUCACUGAACAAUAAAAGGACAUCCGAGUGCCGUACAGCCGAGGGAUGAGACGCCGUACACAGAGGCUCUCGUAUCCAGCGUCUGGGCACCAGAGUACUGCUGCCAGUUUCCAUUCAAGCCGUUAGCUUUACAUCUGGGAUGACAAGCAAGUUCAGUGCGCCGUCAUGACUGGAUAGAAAAGCAGCAGCACAUACAUAAAUGCUGAUCGCCGCCUCUCGGUCACUGGUCAGGGUUGGGGAGCACCCAGCUGGAUCCGGUCAUACUGGGGCAUUCACAGCCAAUCUUAAACAAGGUCAAGUCUAGGGACUCUUCUAGGUCAGGUGUUGUCAAACUACAGGUUUGGACCUUUUUUGUAAACUGGCAGUGGGCCUGACAAAUCUGUUUUCUCCCCUUCUCAAUUUACUAAGAUUUGGGACUAAAGUUAGAGUUGAGGUUUUUGGACACAGACAAUAAUGUCCUCCUCUAUGUGUCACAGCUACACUAUGGUAGUUUUUUUUUCAUGACACACAAAGUUUAAUUAAUUACCCAUUGAUGAUACUGUCUGUUUUCACUCAUAUAACCACAAAUGAUGACAAGAUUCUCAUUUAAGUGAUCAUUGGUCCCCUGGUGUAUGGUUACUGCCCUCUUUCAUGCUGCCAUGAAGGAUUAAUCUCAUGCGCCUCCUGUGAACUGUUGGCGUUUCUCACUUUCACACGGAGAGCAAAACAGAAAAAACGCUGCAAUGCUUUUGGUUCAGUAAGAGCCUCACAGUUGAUCACAGUACAAGGAGCGGGGUUUAUCAAUGUUUUGGCCAACCAAAGUAUUCAUUGCUUACAAACCUACUGUGAGCGUAGCGUGAUCAUAAGAGCGAAGACGUCCAGUCAGCUGCUGAACUUUGCCCCAGUUUCGUUAAUUUGGAGGUUUCUUUGAUUUGAAUUUUAAAGCUUAAUUAUGUCUACUUGUAUUCAUUUCAAUUCUAUCUCUUUUUUUUUAUCUCCAAACAUACGCGGCAGUAUCUCCACACUCGAUGAGAAUCAUUGUAUUUAAAUAUCUUAUGACUUGCAGCCCACACAUAUACUACUCGAUCCAGGUCUCUUGUAUGUAGUUUACUGACAAAGAUGAGAGAGUUUGAGAUGGUUUGCCAGCAAUAUUCAUAUAUUUUCUUGGUUUUAUUUUGUUACUUUUAUUAAUUGAUUUGUAUUAUAUUUUUAGCACUUUACUUUUUUUUCUUGUUUUUAAUUCAGUAACCCUUAUUUUGAGGUGGUUGUCGUGCGAUAUGAACAAGGGAGUGAAUAUGUUGGUUUAUAUUUUACAUAAGAUUGUGAGCAGACGCAAAAUUGUGAUGCAUUUGUAUUAAAAACAUAUGUAACACUAAGACACCUUUUUAUUUUUUUAAAUCUGCUUUUGCCCUUUCACUCAUAUCCAUUUACACACACAUCUGUAGGGUUUCUUUUGGCUGUUCUGAGUUGCAGUCUUUCUUUUUUUGAUUGCAGUUUUUUUUUUUUUUCUCCUUUUUAAUCCAUGUAAAUAACUUUGUUUUUGAAGUGCAUGUCAAUGUUUGCAUGAAUUUUAAUGGCAAAUAGACCCAUUUAUCUCUACGCCCUUUUUGAAAUAGAGAACUCGCCCUGCACCACACAGGGAAACCGGACUAUCGGAGGAGAGUAGGAAAAAAAAGCACUUGCUAUAUAGGUGUGUUGUCUGUGUUUGGUUUACGAGAACAGCAUUAAAUGUGCACCGAGGGAAGCUACACAUUCAUAACUGAUGUAAAUGAUCAAAUCUGAUUGUAUAAACUCAUCAUUUUAGCAGCCAAGCCCCUAAAAAGAAAAAAUGUGUUUAUAUAAAUACAGUAACGAGUCAGUAAUUAGUGUGGAGCCUCCCUUGAAAGUAAAAUGAGUACAAGCAUAUUUUCUCUCUCGCAGACAAAGUUAUUUUGACACAGAAAUAAUUUGAUUUCGGUCUCCUCCUCAGCCCCUGCGCUGCAUGUGAGACAUUUUGUUUUUAAAGGCAUUUGUAAUAGAUUACAUAUAUUGAUUAGAGUUUUUUUUUAUUUUUUAUUUACCCACAAACAUCUGCCCAUGCUUGUUGUUUUUCACACCAAACUGCCAUACAGUAUAUUCUUUCUGGUCAUCCGUUAACAUGACAUUCAUUUGGUUUUAUGUCCAUAAACAAGUGUGUGAUUCUUUUUUUUUAUUUUUAUUUUUUAAACAAUGCUGUCUUGGUGGGUUAGAGCUAAAAUUGAAUUUGUUCAAGGUUUUGUUGAAAUUUCUGUCCCACCUUUUGAUUAUUACAUCAUUUGAAUAGCAUUGUUAAAAAAAAACAAGUUUAUCCUACAUCAGGGAGUCCAACUUUGGGAUUUAUUCUCAUAAUUAUGCAUCUGAUUGAUUAAAUGGCAGGAAAACUUCUGAUUUUUAUUUUAUGUUACUGAAAGAAGUGAUGCUGAAUUGUGUCUGGAGAAAUAAUCUUAUUUUCUGUUGUGCUUUAAGGUGGACAGAUGUUUUUAUAGUACUUGCAGUUAUUAUAGGAGCCUAAAGACAACAGCUCAAAUGAGUUGAUGUUGACUACUAUGACAGAUUGCAGAUAUAAAUUUUACCUGUAUUUCUUAUGUGAGAGUCUGUAAUUAAACAUGGAGUGGUAUUCUC